AUGGCUUCAUUGUAUUCUCUCUGUUUAUCAAAACAACAAUUGUUUGGCAUCCUUUUGAUCCUAACUUUCUUUUCAAGUUCGAGUGCAAAGAGAUGCUACAGAUCAAUUAUCAGCUUUGGAGAUUCCUUGGCUGAUACAGGGAACUGGGUCAUACUUUUACAACAAAAUAAACCUACACCUGCCUUUCCACCAUUUGGGGGGACUUACUUCAAUCGACCAACAGGCCGAUGUUGUGAUGGUCGUUUAAUCGUUGAUUUUUUUGCUCAGAAACUUGGACUUCCAUUGGUGCCACCAUAUUUUCGAGAUGCUAAUUGCAGUAAUUGCCGAAAGUUUCAAAAGGGUGUAAAUUUUGCUGUGGUGGGAGCAACAGCGCUUGAUAAUGCAUAUUUGGCACGAAAAGGAAUCAUUAAUGAACUCACAAACGUUUCUUUGGGAGUGCAAUUGGGUUUAUUGAAAACAUUAUUGCCAUCUCUUUGCUCCUCAUCUUCAGCUUGCAAUGAAUUCCUUAAUAACUCGUUGAUUCUUAUGGGAGAGAUUGGAGGAAAUGAGUUCAACCUUGCAUUCAUUCAAGGAAUUUCGAGUGAAGUGAUAGGAGGAUUAGUCCCUGAGGUUAUCAAAGCCAUUUCUGCAGCAAUUGAGUUAAUCGAGUUGGGGGCGAUGACAUUUGUGGUUCCUGGAACUAUACCACUUGGAUGUCUGCCGGUUCUUCUAACGCGUUUUCGGACUUCUAAUAAGCAGGCUUAUGAUCGCUAUGGUUGUUUGAUAUGGCUAAACGACUUCGCCCACUACUAUAAUGAAUAUCUUAAAAAGGAACUAGAAAGUAUGCGAAGGCUUCAUCCUCGUAUCAAUAUUAUCUACGCAGAUUAUUACCAGGCUUCAAUGCCACUUUAUCUUUCUCCAAGAUCGUUUGGAUUUAAAAGCACUCUGACUGCAUGUUGUGGAGGCGAAGGUCCAUACAAUGUUAACGUGACGUUAAGUUGUGGUGAUCCAGGCACGAAAUCCUGUGAUGACCCUUCCUCCUAUGUUAACUGGGACGGUGCUCAUUUCACAGAUGAAGCCCAUAGGGUGAUCUCCAAUGGUCUUCUGGAUGGUUCAUGUACCAUUCCUCGGUUUGAGUUCCCCUCGUGUGCCUCAUAAUUAUAUUAUAAUCUACUCCGAGUGAAUAACGGAAUUAAGAUCAAAGCAAAAUGAUGCUUUUCUUCUUGUAUUUAAAGUUCUUUAAGUGUGCAUUCCUGCUAAAAAUGUCAUUGGCUGUGAAAAUUGAAAAGCAUCGAGGCUGGAAAAUAAAGUAAA